AUGUCAGAAUCAUCGUUGAAUACGAUACAAUUCGACCCGAUGUCAGUCACCCAAACCUGGCCCAAAAGUCGCGUUACAAAUGAGUUUUUUCAUCAAGCAAAUCAACAACUGAAUCAGAAGAAGAUGAUCGACGAAGCUCGAGCUUUCAUAGCUGAUAACUCGCAAGUUAGUCUAGACGGGGAUGCCAAACAAGCUACAGACAUUAUACAACAUCUUUGUGAUGUUAUUGAGAAGUUAGAGAAGAAACAGAACAAUAAUCGAAGGAAAAGUAGGGUUUUUGAUAUUUUUUAAAUUGUAUAAAAAAUAAUGAGCUAUGUCUCAUGGCAUUGUAUAAAGAAUUUAAAUGCUUGAGUUCAGUAGCUCAUUAUUUUUUAUACAAUUUUAAAAUUCUAGGUAGACAAAGUAUAGCCAGUCAGCUCCAUCCGAUGGGUGUGAUAAGGGAAGAACCGCACUUUGAAUCAAUGAUUUUUAGUGGAGUUAGUGACAUAAGUCGGCGUGCAUCGUCAGUACGAAGCUUUCAUGACCCCGAUGACAACGACAAAGAUCAGGAAGUCGACAUCAAAGAGCUUUAUGAUGAAAUCGACCCGGUAUGAGACUUGACUUAUAUUGUACUUGACUUUUUUUAAAUUUGUUAUUUUGUUUCCUACUUUACCCUACCCUACCAAUACUACCCUACUCUACCCUACAUUACCCUACCCUACCCUACCCUACUCUACCCUACCCUACCCUACUCUAUCCCGUUCUAUCCUCUCCUACCUUAACACAUUAUACCUUACUUUACCCCUCCCUAUCCCAUCUUAACCUACAUUACCCUGCCUUAAACUAUCCCACAUUACCCCACUCUACCUUUAAAUUUUCUUCGUUACCACAUUUACCAUUCCUAAUACAUAUUUUAGCCUAAAAUUUCAGUUUUUUGUCCGUUUCGUGCCCUACGCCAUCAUAUUGGUGACAGCCAUCCUGUAUAUAUUUGUUGGUGCACUUGUUUUCGCUUCUAUUGAUCCAAAGAUAGACGCUUUACCCUAUUAUCUUCAAGUACAGUUUACAUAUGAAGUGGUAACGACGAUUGGCUGGGGUGACAUUACACCCUCUUCGAAUUGGGGCAAAAUGGCUUGUGUUCUUUAUCAGGUAGGUGCCCUUUUGACAAUUUUUCGAAAUUUUCUGUGACAAAUGUUCAGCCUAUCAGUGUGGUUCAAAAAGUCCAUAGAACAGCGAAUAAUUGUCAAAUCCGACCGAGUUUUCACUUUUCUAUGAACUUUUGGACCAAAUUUGCCAUAGUUUUCUAUAAAAUUUUGAACCAAUAUAAAAUUUCUCUACAAACUUUUAGACCAAUUUAUCAAUAACCCACUUCAAAUUCAGAUAAUCGGAGUCCCAAUAGUCUUCGCAGCCCUAUCAAACUGUGGUCGAUUGUUGACAGAGUUCUACACAGUAGACUUCCUCUACCUGACAGCCGUUGUUCGUGGCAAAAAUCCAACAAAAACUUCGCUGAUCAAUCAACUACCUUUAGUAUCAUGCAUCAAUUUGUUAGUAGUACACCUAUUCAUCGGUAUUUUAUUGUUUUCUGGACUGAUAAUGGAGUUGAGUGUAGUGGAUUCGGUUUACUUUACGUAGGUUUGGUUUUUAAAUAUUUUUUUUAAUCUUUGAUAUUUUAACCUAUUCUCCCCUAAAAAUUCGUUUUGGACCUUACUCAAUUUUUUUUGAAUUUGUUCAAAAAUAUUUUUUACCCCGCCCAAAAAAAUUUUUUACCCAACCCUAAAAGUUUUUUAUUCAUUCCGCCUGAAAGAAAUAAUUUUUUUCACCCCGCCCGAAAAAAAUUUUUUACCUCGCCCUAAAAAACUUUUUUUUACUCGCCAACAAAAAUAUUUUUUUUACCCUGCCCUAAAAAAAUUUUAAAUUUUGUUCCUUCCCUACCUCGAGCAAUAUUACACAUACCCCAAAACAUUUUUUUUCACCCGCCCAGCCAUGAUCUUCCUAAAAACCAAUAACCCUUGACACUUUCAGUAUAAUAACCAUAACUACGGUAGGCUUUGGCGACAUUGCCCCGAAGCCCCAUAACAUGUUCGAGACCAUUGUUGUCAUGAUAUUCCUGUCGUCUGGAAUAGUGGUAAUGGCAGCAUUGCUGGUCACGCUUUCGUACUACUUUCAGUUAAUAUUCUAUGGGUAUAUUAACGAUUGGAUUUAUGAUUUGUACGAGAGGUUCAAUUGCAAAAGGAAGGUUUCGCCGACCGAAGCCAAGUCUAAUGGUUUUAAUAGGGUUUAA